AUGGAGCCCUCAAGAAGAUCUUACUCUCAUCACUUUCAUUCAGAAACAUGGCCAUCACAACUGGAGAUCUCUUCCCAAACUUGCUGGUGGUCAAAGAUUGCGUCCUUCUUGCCUGGAAGAACGGACAACGAGAUCAAAAACGUGUGGAACACUCAUCUCAAGAAACGACUCUUUCCAAUUUCAUCUCCCUCCUCUUCUUUUUCAUCCAUCUCUUGCACCCAUGAUCAACCCGGAGGAACAGAUCAUGCAAAGAAUUGUGCGAUUGUUCAAGAAGAAGUGAAUUCAGGGUUUAAUGAGAGCCAAGAGUCACCUUCUUCGUCUCAUCUCCACGGCAAAUGUAUGCACACAAAGCCAGAGCUUCGUGAGGUUAACGAACUCCACGAGAUCCAACUCCUUCUCGACCAUGAUGACUUUGAUGAUAUAACCUCAGCGUUUCUUCAGACAAACGAAAUGUUAUUUCCGGAGCAGCCACGAGACUCGCUUCUUCAUCAUCACCAGACUCACAUUUCAACCGAGUUUCACAAUACAGACGGAGCAACUCAAGAGGAAACUAAAACGCAAUCAUUUGAUCAUCCUCAACGAGAUAUUCCAUGCGGAUUUGAAGAAACAAACGGAGAAUUUGACUUGUGGUCGCAGCUGGUUGAAUCAAACUCGCCUACGCUUAGUCCUAACAGUGAUGAGGAGUACAACGAGUGGUUUAACUUCAUGGACAACCAAACUUACUUUGAUGAUUUUGCUUUGGUCGGAGAAGUUUGUCUAUGA